AUGAAUUCUCUUUGUGCAAAAUUUAUACAAAUUUUUAAUAAUAGUACACGACCUUUGAUAUUUGGAAUGAUACAUAUUCCAUCACUUCCUGGGACUCCAGCUAAUACUUCUCUCCCAAAGGAAAUCAUAAAUUUCGUAUCCCAGGAAGUACAAAUUUAUAAAAAGUGUAAUGUGGAUGGAAUUAUUCUUGAAAAUAUGAAUGAUAUUCCAUAUCUUCACUCUUCAAAAAUUGGUCCUGAAAUUGUUGCAAUGAUGACAGCAUGUGCUGCAGAAACACUUAAUGUUCUUUCAGAUGAUAGAAAAAAUUUUUUAUUAGGUAUUCAAGUAUUAGCAGGUGGAAACAAAGAAGCAAUUUCAAUUGCUCAUUCUACAGGAUUUGACUUUAUUAGAGCAGAAAGUUUUGUUUACAGUCAUGUUGCUGAUGAAGGAAUAAUGAAUUCUUGUGCUGGAGAAUUAUUACGCUUUAGAAAACAUAUUGGAGCUAAUGAUGUUGCAAUAAUUACUGAUAUUAAAAAAAAACAUUGUUCUCAUGCAAUAACAUCAGAUUUAACUGUUGGUGAUAUUGCUGAAGGUGCUGAUUUUUUCAGAGCUGAUGGUGUUAUUUUAACAGGCACUUCAACAGGAAAAGAAACUAAUGUAACAGACAUUGAUUUAGUAAAAAAAUCAUGUAAACUUCCGUUAUUUAUUGGUAGUGGUAUUACUAUAGAUAAUAUGAAAAAUUAUAGAAAAGCAGAUGGAUUUAUUGUUGGUUCUCAUUUUAAAGUUAAUGGUAAUUGGAGAAAUAAAUUAUGUGAAGACAAAAUUAGUAAAUUUGUAAAUAUGGCUAAACAACUAACAAAAUGA